GAAUGAUUUCUAGAAUUAGACAGCUAUUGAAAACACCUCACGUUUUCUCUAAUCUCUCCAUUAACCGUUUUUUUUUUUCUAUUUAACCAAAAAAAAAUCUCACUUGGCGUGUGUGAUCGUGUUCUCUCCGUCGUCUCUUGGUAAAUUUCCCAAAUCUCUCUCUCGUCUCCAUCAUCCGUAAUCUCUGAAGAAGAAGAAGAAGAAGAAGAAGAUGGUGAUGGUGGAGCAGAAGAAGAAGAGGUUUGCUCUGUUUCUCGCGACGAGCGACUCCGAUUUCGUGAAGAAGACUUACGGUGGCUACUUCAAUGUCUUCGUUUCGACUUUCGGCGAGGAAGGUGAGCAAUGGGAUCUCUUCCGAGUCAUCGACGGUGACUUUCCCGAUGAGAAAGAUUUAGACAAGUACGACGGUUUCGUCAUCAGUGGUAGUCCACACGAUGCUUUCGCCGACGCCGAUUGGAUUGUUAAGCUUUGCGAGGUUUGUCAGAAGCUUGAUGAGUUGAAGAAGAAGGUUCUCGGCAUCUGUUUCGGCCACCAGAUCAUUACUAGAGUUAAAGGUGGGAAAAUAGGAAGGGCUCGUAAAGGUGCAGACAUGGGACUUAGAAGGAUUAGCAUAGCUAAGGACAAUGAAAAGCUACGAGGUCACUUUGGAGGGGAGGUCCCUGCAUCUUUAGCUAUUAUUAAAUGUCAUCAGGACGAAGUCUUGGAGCUUCCUGAGUCUGCUACAGUUCUUGCCUCUUCUGAGAUUUGCGAGGUAGAGAUGUUUUCGAUUGGAGACCACUUGCUCUGUAUCCAAGGGCAUCCUGAGUAUAACAAAGAGAUUCUGUUUGAGAUUGUGGACCGUGUCCUUAAUAUGAAGCUUAUGGAGCAAGAGUUUGCGGAUAAGGCAAAGAGUACAAUGAAUACUGCACAACCAGACAGGGAUCUAUGGCAGAAGCUCUGCAAAACCUUUCUCAAAGGUCGAUCCGAGCAAGUUUAAUUUGUUAUCAUUUCUCGAUGAUCCUACAAUUUACUUUGUAUUUUUUCUUUAUCAGACAGAAAGAGAUGAAUAAAACAAUCACUGUCAUUUAUAUUACCACCUUUUUCUUUAUCUUCUUAAAUCUUAAUGUUGUAGCACAAAUCAAACAAUAAAAUUCAAUCUGAGUUAUACAA